AUGUCGAGUGUUCCGCGGGGUGCGGGGGUGAGAGACAACGUCAGGGUUGAGGCGAUCGUGGAAGCCCAAGGAGUCUGGGAACCUAUUGAACCUACAGAAGGAAAGACGGUAAAUGCAAGAAAGGAUAAGGUGGCAAUGGCGCUCAUUUUCCAAAUGCUCCCGGAGGACCUAUUAUUGCAAGUCGCAACGAAGAAGACUGUAAUAGAGGCCUGGGAGAGUUUAAAAACCAGAUUCGUUGGGGCAGAUCGUGUCAAGACGGCGCGUAUGCAAACACUAAGAAGUGAGUUCGAAGGAAUGCAUAUAGGGGGAGAUACCCUAGAAGCAUACAUGGGAAAGUUGAGCGGGAUGGCCGCGAAAUAUUCCAGCCUCGGGGCGACGCUAGAUGAUGAAACCUUGGUAAAGAAAUUAUUUGACUCUUUACCAAGUGAAUAUUAUCCCGUUAUUACAAGAAUUGAGCAGUUUAGCGACUUGGGAAGUAUGCCAUUUGAGGAAGCGGUAGAGCGACUGAAGGCAUUUGAGAAAUGUACACAAAUAGGGAAGCCAAUUUCUCUUGGAGAGAGUCAAUUGCUUCUCACCGAAGCACAAUGGAGAGAACGAGAUGGUCGAAGGAAUUGCGACCGGUGUGGACGCAAUAGGAACGACAACAACAACAAUGUGAAAGGCUCAGGCAUAAGGAAUGACCGAGAUAAGAGCCACAUCAAAUGUUACAAGUACGGAAGAAUGAGGCAGUAUACAUCUGAGUGCAGGAGCAAGCUGGAUAAGGCAGAAGCAAAUUUGACACUCUUGGAGGAAGAAACUACCUUGCCUCAAACAGAAGAUCAAGAGCCUAUAUUGCUGUUUUCUGAAGUAGACACCGAGCUCGUUUAA